AUGUCUGUUGGAGUUGCCAUCAUCGGUAGUGGUCUCUUCGCCAAAGAGCAACAUCUGCCAGCUGUGCAAGCGGCCCCGGGCUUCACACUCAAGGCGAUCUAUUCGCGAUCCUUGAACUCGGCCCAGUCUCUCGCUGAAGGUACAGCUAAUGUUGAUCUGUAUUCCGAGGACUCGGGUGCUGGAAAGUCUUUCGACGAUCUACUGGCUCGAUCUGAUAUUGGCGCUGUGAUCAUCGCUCUACCGAUUCUGGUGCAACCAGAUUUCAUCAAGAGAGCCCUUCUUUCUGGAAAGCACGUUCUUUCCGAGAAGCCUAUUGCCAAGGAUGUUGCCACGGCGAAGGAGCUUCUGCAAUGGUACCAAGCCAAUAUCGAUGCUAGCAAGGUCUUCUGGGCCGUGGGCGAGAACUUCCGAUACAUGAGCAAGUAUAUCUACGCGGCCGAGCAGGUUCAGAAACUGGGCCAGGUUCGCAAUUUCCGCGUCGAUGUGCAGAACUUUGUCAAGCCGGACAACAAGUACUUCUUGACUCCCUGGCGCAAGGUUCCUGAGUAUCAAGGUGGCUUUCUUCUAGAUGGUGGUGUCCACAUGAUUGCUGGCCUACGCCUGAUCUUGGGGUCUGCGCAGCAGAUCAAGACUGUCUCCGCCCAGUCUUAUCUGCAGCAGUCUUACUUGCCACCGGUGGAUACAGUCGAUGCAGUUGUCAAGACUAGAUCCGGUGCUACGGGUGUCAUUUCUCUCUCGUGGGGAUCGCCAUUCAAUCGCCACUCGUUCGAAUUUGCUUGUGAGAAGGGCUCUGUUGCCCUAAAUUUUGACGACGUGGCUGUCAAUGAUGUCAAGUAUUCAGUGCCAUUUGACGGAAGAGGUGUCUCUGCCGAGGUUGCUGAAUUUGCGACGUCGAUUAUCAAUGGAAAGGCUGUUGAGAAGAGACAAUCCCCCGAGGAAGCGCUGGCGGAUCUUGAGGUUCUGGAGCAGAUGUUGCAAAGCGGAGAGAAGCAGGGCGAGCCGGUUCAGUUGCACCUACAGUGCGAAGAAGUUUUCGAGAUUGACUUCACUCCGACUCGACAACCCUCUACGCCCGGCGAGACGCAAUACCGACAAAGUAAGUUGGAUCGCACCCUCACGACCAUCACCACCUCGAUACUGACGAUUUUCCUUUUCAAGAUGGUCGCCGCCAAGCAGCACAUCCCCAUCGUGAAGAAGCGCACCAACCGCUUCACCCGUCACCAAAGUGACCGGUUUAUGCGUGUUGGUGAGUCGUGGCGCAAGCCCAAGGGUAUUGACAACUGCGUCCGCCGCCGCUUCAAGGGCACGAUUGCUAUGCCCUCCAUCGGUUACGGAUCCAACAAGAAGACCCGCCACAUGAUGCCCUCCGGCCACAAGGCUUUCCUUGUCCACAACACCAAGGACGUCGAGCUCCUCCUGAUGCACAACCGCACCUACGCUGCCGAGAUUGCCCACGCCGUCUCUUCCCGCAAGCGUGUCGAGAUCAUCGAGAAGGCCAAGGCUCUCGGUGUCAAGGUCACCAACCCCAAGGGCCGUGUCACCACCGAGGCCUAAAUGGACUGAACCCCAAAAAGUUCUGUUUCCUUUU